CAAUUAUAUAGCAACGGCCCAAACCUAACCAAGCCCUAAAAAACACCUAUAAAAUCCUCAUCUUCAACCUCUCACCUGCAAAUCUAGGGUUUCAACAAUGUCGAAGAGAGGUCGCGGAGGUUCCGCCGGAAACAAGUUCCGGAUGUCGCUAGGUCUUCCGGUGGCGGCGACGGUGAAUUGUGCGGAUAAUACAGGAGCGAAGAACCUGUACAUCAUCUCAGUGAAGGGGAUCAAGGGACGGUUGAACCGUUUGCCGUCUGCUUGCGUUGGAGAUAUGGUUAUGGCGACGGUUAAGAAGGGGAAACCGGAUCUCAGAAAGAAGGUUAUGCCGGCGGUUAUUGUUCGUCAACGCAAGCCCUGGAGGCGAAAGGAUGGUGUGUUUAUGUACUUUGAAGACAAUGCUGGAGUUAUUGUCAAUCCUAAGGGAGAAAUGAAAGGAUCUGCAAUUACUGGACCCAUUGGAAAGGAGUGUGCUGAUUUAUGGCCAAGAAUUGCUAGUGCUGCAAAUGCAAUAGUGUAGGUCAUUUGGAGUUUUUUUAAUCACCAGGGUAGCCUGGUUUGUUUUUACUUUUUAUUUUGAUGUUAUUCAGAAUUUUUGGUGGUGCAAAGACAAGAUAUUCUUAUUUUUCAAAAAGUAUUUAGAUGUUAUUUUAAGAAUCUAAUUUGUGUUGGCAACCGAUA